GUGGACUUGGGGGUCCCCAAGACGGUGCGAGGGGUCAUCACCCAGGGAGUGAGGACAGUGGAAGGGAGUACCUCAGCUGAGAACAGGGCCUUCGUCAAGAAGUACCGCGUGUCUCACAGCCUGACGGGCAAAGACUGGACGUUCAUACUGGACAGCAAGACCAACCAUGCUAAGAUCUUUGAGGGAAACACACACUACGACACUCCAGAGAUCCGUCGAUUCGAGGAGAUACCGGCUCAGUUCAUCAGGAUCUACCCAGAGAGGUGGUCUCCAGCUGGGAUAGGGAUGAGGCUAGAGGUCCUGGGAUGUGAACUACCAGAAACCACCACUCUACCUGACAGUGCCACACCGACCCUGCCACGUUUAGAGGAUACCACCGCUGCCCAAAGAGGAGCAGGCGCUACACCUUGGUCUCUGGGCGGUCUGUGUGACUUCGAGUCCAGUCUGUGUGGCUGGAUACCAGACAGCAUGUCAGAGUUGAACUGGUCUCUCCACAGCGGCAGCCUCUCGUCUGGUCGAACACCUAGUCUGGAUCUACCUCUCUCUCUGCCCAAAGACGGUCAGUACCACAGUUAUCUGGUCAUCACUGG